AUGCCUCAGCACGCCGCCACCGAGCUCCCAGCCACUACACCAGAUGGGAACUAUGGAGGAGCUCCAGGAGGACCAGCAUUCCCUGGACAAGCUCAGGAUCCUUUGUAUGGUUAUUUUGCUGCAGUGGCAGGGCAGGAUGGACAAAUAGAUGCUGAUGAGCUACAGAGAUGUCUCACCCAGUCAGGGAUUGCAGGAGCGUAUAAACCUUUCAACUUAGAGACUUGCAGACUCAUGAUCUCAAUGCUGGAUAGGGAUAUGUCUGGCACACUGGGAUUUAAUGAGUUUAAAGAACUCUGGGCUGUGGUCAAUGGCUGGAAGCAACACUUCUUAAGUUUUGACAACGAUAGAAGUGGUACAGUGGAUCGUCAAGAACUGGAGAAAGCCUUGGUGAAUAUGGGAUUUAGACUGAGCCCACAGGCAGUGACUGCAAUCACAAGGCGAUACAGCACUCGUGGAAAGAUUACAUUUGAUGAUUACAUUGCCUGCUGUGUGAAACUCAGAGCUCUCACUGAAUGUUUUAGAAGAAGGGAUACAUCUCAGCAGGGUUUUGUGAACUUCCAGUAUGAUGAUUUCAUACAGUGUGUUAUGAGCGUCUAAAUCAAAAGGAAGCAAGCCGUGGAUGACCACGAUUAACAUUCCAGUUUGUGUUUUGCUUUGCCAAAUCUUCCAAUGAUGGUGUAUCUCAGUAUUGGAAAUGGCAUAUUUUAUGAAGGUAUCGCUUUACACACUUGCAUUUUUUUAGUUUUGACAAUGACUAUAAACUACUCAUGUACUGUCGUCUUUAACUUUCAACCUGUGACUAUUAAAGAUGUUUUUAUUUUCAUAAACUUG